ACAGUGUUUGUUGGGAAGAACAAGCCACAGAAAGAUCCCCUGAGCUCCUUCCGCUGGCAGGGCUUCAAGCUGGAGGAAUAUCUCAUCGGCCAACCCAUCGGGAAGGGCUGCAGUGCUGCUGUGUACGAGGCAGCUAUUCCCUUCUCUCCCAAUCAUCGGGAACGUGCGGAGAGCAGCCGGUUAGCCGUGCCACAGGAUCAUGGCUCUGCUUCCCAGCAGGCUGAGAAGGAGCCUGUGGUGAAACACCAACCCAAAGAGGCUUUUCCUUUAGCCAUCAAAAUGAUGUGGAACAUUUCGGCUGGUUCCUCCAGUGAAGCCAUCCUGAAUGCCAUGGGCCAAGAGCUUGUUCCAGCCACAGGAGUUGCAUUAUCUGGGGAAUACGGAGCCGUCUCUGGCCGCAGAAAACCCAUCCUUGGGAGGAAGAAGUUGCAACCUCAUCCAAAUAUAAUCCAGGUGAUCCGAGCAUUCACAUCCUCAGUCCCUUUGCUGCCUGGAGCCUUUGCUGACUAUCCUGAUGUUCUUCCACUGAGCCUGAAUCCCAGAGGGAUUGGUCACAGCCGCACACUCUUCUUGGUGAUGAAGAAUUACCCGUGCACACUGCGCCAGUAUCUGCGGGAGAACACGCCGGACGUUCGCCUUGGCACCAUGAUGGUUCUGCAGCUCCUGGAAGGUGUGGACCAUCUCGUUCGACAUGGGAUAGCACACAGAGACCUCAAGUCGGACAACAUCCUGGUUGAAUUUGAUUCUGCUGGCUGCCCCUGGCUGGUGAUCACUGACUUUGGGUGCUGCUUGGCGGAUGAGAACAUCGGCCUGAGGCUGCCGUUCACCAGCUCUUACGUGGAUCGAGGAGGCAAUGGCUGUCUUAUGGCACCUGAGGUGAUCACAGCUUCACCUGGUCCAGGCACAGUGAUCAACUACAGUAAAGCUGAUGCUUGGGCAGUUGGAGCAAUCGCCUACGAGAUCCUGGGCAUGGCCAAUCCUUUCUAUGGCCAUGGGAAGUCGAGUCUGGAAAGCAGAACCUACCAGGAGGAGCAGCUGCCAAGCCUGCCUGAUCAUGUGCCCUUCGAGGUGAAGCAAGUGAUAAAGAUGCUACUUCAGAGAGAUCCCAACAAGAGGUUGUCUGCCAGAGUUGCUGCAAAUGUGCUUCACCUGAGCCUCUGGGGUGACAGUGUCGUAGCAUCCAGGACCCUGAAACCCGACCAGAUGAUUGCCUGGCUCCUCUGCCAGUCUGCAGCCACACUGCUCACCAACAGGCUGGUGGAUAAAAGCCAGGUAGAAACCAAAAUGAAGAUGUGCUUCUUGGCAAACCUCGAGUUUGAAGACCUCUGGGCAGCAAUAUUCCUGUUGCUGGCCUGGAGAAGCCGCUCUGGGUGAAGGAACCACCUGGAACAUGAGCA